AUGCAAUCAUUUCCUCCUCCGCCCUCGGCGCAGGGCCAGCAUUUUCCUCCACCUCCAAGAUCCGCAACAUUCCCUCCUCCACCAUUAGCAUCCCCAGGGUUCCCACCACCACCACAACCAUCCCCGGGCUUCCCACCACCAAACUACAACUAUCACGCUCCUCCAACCCAACAUGUACAACAACCACAACCUCAAAAUGCGCAGUCACAUUUCCCUCCACCACCCAAUAGCCGCCCAUCAACAACAAGCCCGCCACCACGCUUUGAUGCCGGCAGUAACAACAGUGCAGCGGCUCAUCAAGCGGCCAUGUUGGCCGCCGCUCAGGAAGCGAAAUUACCGCUUUCGCCGCCGCCAAUGUCGCCUCCGCCUACGGGCAUGUCUCGUAUGAUGAUGGAGAAGAUGCCUGGAGGUGCGCCGGCUGUGGGCCAGUUUAGGGGUGCGCAGUCUACUGGUUCGGAUGAUGUGGGCACGUUCAAUGGGGGUAGUUAUAGGAUCAGCCAUCGAAGCGUGAAUUCGAUUGUGACGCUCCAGCUUGCGAUGGGUGCGCCAUUGGAUGCGAGGCCUGGUGUCAUGAUCGCAAUGUCGCCCACGGUCACCCUCAAGGGAAACUUUCACUUCUCCGUGAAAAAGCUCCUCAUUGGAGGUGAAAUGGCUCAUUCAACAUAUACCGGCCCCGGAGAGGUUCUACUCGCACCUUCUGUGUUAGGCGACAUCACCGUCCUACGGUUAUCUGAUGACGGAGAGGUUUGGAAAGUCGGCCGAGAUGCGUAUCUGGCCAACACUGCAUCUAUCAAAAAGAAAUACAAGGCUCAGAAUCUUUCCAAGACACUCUUUUCAGGUGAAGGGUGGUUUGUGUAUAAUAUGUCUGGGCCAGGGCUGGUUUGGAUGCAGAGUUUUGGUGCUGUCAUAAAGAAAGAUCUUGUCGAAGGUGAAAGUUACUACGUGGACAACGGUCACUUGGUUGCUUGGAACUGUGAUUAUAUUAUUGAACGGGUUGCUUCUGGCGGUGUCAUUUCCAGCCUGAGCUCUGGUGAGGGUUUAGCUUGUCGAUUCAAGGGGCCAGAUGGGUGCAAGUACUGCAAGUGGGUGAUGAGGAAAAUGAGGAUCAAACUUUCAGUGUCGAAUUUGACCGUGAUCUAA